AUGCCACUCAGUAUAGCCGAGUUUACCAAGGCCAUUGCCCCUACAUCCGAGAAGACAACCUACAGGGGCAACUGUCACUGCGGCAACGUGAGGUUCACCAUCAGCAUCGGCACGCUGGAGAAGAACAAGGUUGUCCGGUGUAACUGCUCCAGCUGCGUCAAGCAUGGCUAUCUGCUCGUCUAUCCAAAAAUCGAGGACGUCGUCUUCACCCAUGGCAGCAUGGACACGAUGUCCGAGUAUCGCUGUGCCACCAAGUCCCGGCCACACAAGUUCUGCGGGAACUGUGGUACACCUGUCAUGAUUCAGCUCGAACAUGGAGAAACCAAUCAUCUGCGAGAGAACGUCGCAGUUAACAUCCGAACACUGGAGGAUAUCGACGAGGUCCUAGACAAGCUUCAGUUCCUCGAGGUUGAUGGGAAGAACUACAUUGGAGAGAGAUACUCUCUGCCUCCCCUCUAG